AUGGCCAAGUCAUAUGGCCCUGUAAUGACAGUGUGGAUGGGACCAUCGCCUAUGAUAAUUCUCACCGGCCAAACUGCAAUCUGGGAGGCGCUGGUAAACCAAGCCUCCAAUUUCGCAGAUCGCCCAACGAUUUACUCAAGGCAAUACACGACUGCAAACUUCAAUACCACCCUUGCUUCUCCCUGCAAUGAACGUUGGACUAAGCUCAGAAAGCUUCUUCGGAACAAUGUUCUCAGUCCCUUCCACGUUGCAAGGCAGAGCUCUUAUCAUCAGGCAAGUUUCUGUGAAUUCAUCAAUACAUUAGAAAAGGAGAUGGAGGCAAAUGGUGGCGUGGUGAGGCCUUUGCAUUCCUUGAAAAUGAUGGCAGUGAGUUUUCUAGCCCGAUUAUGCUUUGGCCCUCACUUCCAAGACCAGAGUUUCCUCGUCAAGCUGGCUGAAUUAAUGUGUCAAAAUAUUCGCUUAGUACAAUUUCCUCGCAGUUAUCGGGGAUACUUCAAGCAGAGUGCUCCCGAUUGCUGUUUAAAUUGUUUGCUUUCCGUGGGCGAAGAAGAAGAAGAAGAUGAAGAGCACAAGUUAAAGUUCUCCGAUGAAGAAAUAGCCUCAAUCUUGUUCGAGCUCUUUCUUCUCGCAGUAGACAGCACCUCUACGGCUCUACAAUGGGCUCUCGCUUAUCUCAUAAUCCAUCCUCACAUACAAGAAAGGGCUUAUCAGGAGGUAUGCCAAGCAGUGGAAGGAAAAGAGGGCAACUUGCUAUGUUUGGAGGAUUUGGGGAAGCUGGCAUACUUGGAAGCUGUUGUGAAGGAGACGCUGAGAAAAGAGUCAAUAGCGCCGCUUGCAGUACCACACCAAACUGUGGAGGAGUGUAAGGAGAUGGGCAUCACCAUACCAGCGAAGUCAUCAUUGUUUUUUAAUCUGCACAGCGUCUGCAACGAUCCUGGAGCAUGGAAAGACCCCGAUCAGUUUUUGCCGGACAGGUUUCUUGGCAAUAUGGAUUCUGACAAGGUGAGAAUGUGGUAUCUACCGUUUGGAGCAGGAAGACGAGUAUGUGCUGGAAUGGACCUUGCUAACGUUCAUGUUCCCAUCACUCUGGCCAAUUUAUUGAUUAAAUUUGAGUGGACAUGUGUGAAGGACGGCUGUCCUCCAGAUCUAACCAGGCAUAUUCCUUCCUUAAUCUUGGAAAUGAAGCAUCCAUUGGAGGCUCGCAUCACUUGCCGUUAG